AUGACAACGGCCGCUCGGUACCGCCGCCCAGGGCAAUCGCCAGAUACAGACACCGAUCCCAAAACGUCGUCUGUACCCCCGACCUCGCCCGCGGCAAAGGACGAGGCCGAGCUGAAGAAGGCGGUCGAGGAACAAGCCGUCAAGACAUCCAAUGGCUUCUCGGUUCUCGAUAUCCUGCGGAUACUGGGGGGAAUUCUGCUCCUCAGCAGUGGACUGAGCUAUCUGAGCACGAGUGGAGAGAGCAUGACGUGGGGCUACAAUGCGUGGUGGACGCGUGCACGAGAGUGGAAGAAACUCAUGAAACCCCAAAUCACCCUCACCGACGCCGAACUCGCCCUCUACAACGGCGCCGACCCCAACAAACCAAUCUACCUCGCCCUCAACGGCACAAUCUACGACGUCUCCUCCUCGCCCCAGACCUACGGCCCCGGCGGCUCCUACCACGUGUUCGCCGGCAAAGACGCCGCCCGCGCCUUCAUCACAGGCUGCUUUGCAGAGGACUCGGUGCCGGAUUUGCGCGGUGCAGAGUACACAUUUGUGCCCCUGGAUCCAGAGGAGAAGGAAGGAGCAACGGCAGAGGACAAGGAGCGUGCGAAGAAGAGAUCCAAGUUGUCGAGUGCGGAGCGCAAGAAUCGGCAUGCGCAGGAGUUGCGGAGUGCGCGCAAGCAGGUGCGGGAUACGUUGGAGGGUUGGCAUGCGCUGUUUAGGGGGGACAAGGGGAAGCCGUAUUUCAAGGUCGGUGAGGUGAGGAGGGAGGAGGGCUGGUUGGAAAAGUUGCCGAAGAGGGAGUUGUGUGAGCAGGCGAGGAAGGCGAGGCCGGUUAGGAAGUAUGAGUAG